GGUCCCCGGCGAGGGCGCGGCCGAGCGGGCCGAGGGCGGGGGGCGGCGCCGCGGCCGCCCUAUUUCCGCGCGCCCCGAGCCGCGCGCUCCGAACCCGGGUCGCUGGAGCGUCGCGGCAGCCCGCGCCCAUGCAGCCCCGCUGGCAACCGCCGCCCGCGCCCCGGCGAGGGGCCCCGCGCCCCGCCGCCCGGUUGCUGGCGCUGCUGCUGCUGCUCGGCCUCGAGGCGGCGGCGGCGCCCGUGGACGUGGGCGUCCAGCGCAGACUCCUGCAGCAGGCGGCCCGCGCGGCGCUGCACUUCUUCAACUUCCGCGCCGGCUCGCCCAGCGCCCUGCAAGUGCUGUCGGCGGUGCAGGAGGGCCGCGUGUGGGUGAACCCAGAGAAGGGCUGUAAGGUGGAGCUGGUGUUCAGCACAGAGCGCUACAAUCCGCAGGACGGGGAGGAACGUCUGGGGAAAUGUUCCGCUCGAGUGUUUUUCAAGAAUCAGAAACCCAGACCAGCCAUUAAUGUAACCUGCAUUAGGCUCACUGAAAAAAAGACAAGACAACAAGAGGAUUACCUGCUUUACAAGCAAAUGAAGCAGCUUAAAAACCCCUUGGACGCGGUCAGCAUUCCUGACAGUCAUGGAAACAUCGACCCUUCCCUGAGACCCAUGUGGGACCUGGCUUUUCUUGGCAGCUCGUAUGUGAUGUGGGAAAAGACAACUCAGUCCUCACACUACAACCUCGCACAGCUCAGCGCUGUGAAGCAGUGGAAAACAAAUGACGGUGCGAUUGAUUUUGAUUACACUGUCCUACUUCACGAAUUCUCGACGCAGGAGAUCAUCCCGUGUCAUAUUCACUUGGUCUGGUCCCCUGGGAAACCACUCAGAGUGAAGUACAACUGUCAAGAACUCCAGCUACCAGAAGGGUCUGGAGCUGAAGAAGGAUCGGCCGGGGCACCAACACAGCUCAGCAGCUUCUAAAACGCAAACUAGGAUCUGCUCUUAGACU